UCCCCCCUCCUAGCACGCUCUCUCUCUCGCGCUCUCUUUCUCUUUCUCUCAAAGCUAGUCAUAUACUCGCCGCGCGCGCGACUCUUCGCCACCUUCUCCUCCUCCGCCACCUCCUCUCAGUGCUUUGCUCUCGCACUACACUGCUACGCGGAACGUCUUCGCGUCAUUCCGGUGAAAUCGUGACACCACCCGAUAUAUAUCGGUCACCGUUGCGAUGCUUCCGCGAUGUGUACCGCCUUUUUUCGUUCGUGACUCGAGACCUCGAGGAAAAUCCCGGCUCACGCAGUAUUUUUACUUUCAAAAUGGUUGGGGCCCCCCUCUGAGGAGCGGCGCACGGUUUGAAUUGACGCUAAAGAACGCCGUUAGAGGCGCCACACAUUGCACUAUCCUCCCGCCAUCUACUGGCCUCAUCUUUUUCAGCAUUUGCAAUUUCUUCAAUGAGAUUUGCUUGCGAUUGGCGCUCGAUAAAGGUUACUUCUGAUUGUUCGAUUCUAAAACAAUCGGAUUGGAUCUCGUAAACGAUCGUUAUUGGUUGAUGAAUUAUCGAAUAUUUAUCGACAAAAGAUCAAUGAUUGUUUGCGAUUUGUCUUUUAGUCAGAUAAUUAUGGCCUUAAAUUGUGUAGAUACAAUUCAUUGCUAAAUGUUACAAAAAGAUAAUAAACAAAAAUCGAUUUUAAAUAUUUUAUAUAGUUGACGAUAUUUUAUAUUUUUUUUCCAACUGCCAUGAAAUAUUUUAUUUAACGCUCAAUUUUAUUUAACUUAAAUGUUAAAUAUAAUAUGGUGUAAUUACGAAGCAAUAAAUAUUAAAUCAAAUCAAAUAUUUCUAAUGAUCAUUCUAGACGUGUGUUAAUUGAAAUUGUUUUAAUGAAUAUAAUUUAUGUUUAAUUUCAUAAAUAAAUUUCUGUAAUCCAUUAUAGAUUAUAUUGUGUUAAUUUGAUAAUUAGGACAUCUUUGGACCAUUGUAUUUACAUUUUUAUUACAUCGUAAACAUCGUUUCAUAUCUCGAUACAGAAAGAUAUAAAUCUGGGGAUUGAUUAGUGUACAUAUCUAUAGGGCUAUACAUUUUACAUAUACCGAUUAUGUAUUUUUAAAACUUAUUUUAUCUUGUUUGAAACUUUAAUUUUUUAAUUAUACGACAGAAAUGACAUAUAAGCGUAAAAAAUACCAUAGAGGGGAUACACAUUUGAAAAAAGGAUGGAAAACUAAAAGAAGAACGAAAGAUUUGGAUGAGAUUGAUGAAGAUUUGAAAGAGCAGAAUGUGAAACAAUUAUUACAUCAAGAAGUAGAUUUAGAUAAGCCAGGAGCUGCACAACAUUAUUGUGUACAUUGCGCGAGAUAUUUUAUAAACCAAACUGCUUUGCAUAGCCAUUUUACAACAAAGGUACAUAAACGUAGGUUAAAAGCUCUUGAGUUAGAACCUUAUAGUAUUGAAGAAUCUGAAAGAGCUGCUGGAAAAGGAAGUUAUAUAGCACCACAAAAAAGAGAAAUAGAAACUUUAACCGUAGAUAAUGAUACAGACACAAUAUCACAAUCUAACCUAGAAAAAAUGGAUAGCUAA